AUGGCAUCAAUUGAAAGUCAGUUAUAUGAAGUUAUUAGAAAAGCAAUACCAAAAUUACCAAAAGAAGAACCUCCUUACAAUGAAUUGGUUCAGUUGUUAUAUAAUAAUGAUAAUGGAGAAAUGCUACCACAAACAGUUAUUUUAUGUGAGUUGUUAAUGAUUUUAUCAGGGGCACGAUACGUUGGAACAGAUAGACCAAAUCAAAUUCUUACAAUUUCACCACAUGCACUUCAUAUCACUUCAUUACCAGCAACGUCACAUUUUAAAGAAACAGUUCCAUUAAUUAUAGCUGAGUAUCAUAGAAUAUUAUCUGCUUCUUCUUCCUUAGAACAAAUUAUUCCUACCCUAGAUAAAAUAACUCUAAAAUCGUUGUUAUUGGAGUCAUUACUUAAUACAAUUAUAUUUAUUACUUGUGACUAUUGUUUACCUGAACUUCUUUCUCUUGUUGCAGAAUGUGUAACUAAUGAUUCAAUGAAUUCUUUAAUUGAAAAUUCAACUAAUUGUGAGCCAUUACAAACCCUCUUUUCUGCCUUAUCUUAUCAACCACAAGUCAUACCUUCAGUUAGAUAUACUGCAGCAAGAAAGUUCUUAUUUCCAAAUUCAUACAAUUUCAUUUCAUUUAUGAUGUUCAAAGAAAACCCUUGUACUGUCCAACUUGAAUUAAACCGUUUAAUAGAAAGUAGUGAUAUCAAUGGUGUUAUUGCAUUACUUCGGUUUUGUGGUAAAUACGCUAAAUUAUCUCACAAACCUUUAAUCGAUGAUUCACAGUGUUUAUUAUUAUUCAGAAAAGGUCUUUCACAAGGAAUUCUUGAUCUUUGUAUUGCAAGUAUUAAUGCACUCUCAGGACUAAAAUUUGGAUAUUCUAGUCUUGUUUCUCUUGGUCUUUCUUGUUCACAAAAUAAGGCAACCCAAAUGCUCUUACCCUUUUACCGAUUUAAAUCACAGUACCUUCUUUUAUUGAAAGUUUAUAUUGAUUCUGUACAAUCAUUUGAUAAAAACCCUUUACUCCCUAUUAUCUCAGUCAUGCAACAAGACUUUUUAUUACUUUUUAAACAAGAAAUUUGUUGUGCAGAAGACCUUGACAUUUUGUUUAGUGCUGUAGAAUAUUUUAAAUUUAGCCCUAUUGAAUUAACAACACCAAUUGCAACGUUUGUCUUUUCACAUCCCAACUACUAUUAUAAUAAUCCCAAGUCUUUGAUUAGAAUACUUAAAUAUAUUACUUUUGAUCAAAAAUGUCCUCCAUUUCUCAUUGGCCCUCUUAAGAAAAAUAUUCUUCCUAUUGAAUCAGUAGAAAUGAUCAAGCCAAUUAGUUAUUUAGUUGAAUCUAAUCCAGUUUAUGAUGGUUCUGGUCUAUUAACUCAACAACAAAUUGAAGAAUUAAUUAGUAAAUUUGGAGAUCACAAAGAAAUAAGAGACUUUGUAGUUGUUUUAAUAAAAUGUAAGUUACAAGUCAACUUAAACUGCUUUAUUCCAAUGUUAAAGUCAAUUCUUCAAGAACGAAUUGAAGAGCGUGAAGAAAGUAUUAUUGAAUAUUAUUUUCAAAAUGGUGGAAUAUUACCUGUUGUAGAUCAUUGCUAUGACCAGAAAAAAAUUACGUCUUUAGUUAAGAAAUAUGGGGUCCGUGGAGAUAGCCAAGUUCUUAUGAAUCAAGCUCUUCAAGCAGUAAAUGAGAAAAUGGGAGAAAUAGUUGUUUUGUUAAUACAUCAAUGGAUUGAAAACGGUGGAACUGGAAAUGUAGACCUUUUUGUUUCAAAGGCUCUUGAAAUGAUUGACUAUUCCCCAAGAGAAUUGGCUGCAUCUAUUCUUGAAUUAAUAAUAUCUUCACAAAUGAAUAAGAGUAUUACUAUUACAUAUUCAUCUUUAUUUACUCCAGAAGUUUAUAAUAAACUAGAAAAAUUUUCUAACAUUGAAACUGUAGUAGCAAUGAUAAAUGUAGUUCAAAAAAUUACUCAAGGUACUUUUAGAAUGAGAUUUAAAGUGAAGGAAGACUAUACCUCUCAUGAAUUAAGUGAUGAAGAAUUAUUAGUGGUUUUAAAAAGUCAAAAAGAAAUGAGAUGGUACUUAUGGAGUAGAAAAGAAAGAGUUAUGAAUUAUCUUGAAAUAAAUGAAAAAACGAAAGACAGUGACAUCGAGAUUGCAUAUUAUAUAAUGAAAGUAAUAAAUGACACUAUCAAACGAAACUAUGAAAUGUGGAAAGAAAAUUAUCAAGAAAUUAUCAGAAAAAUAAUCUCAAAUUGCCUUGUAAUUAAUAAACUUAAUCAUCAAGUCACUUCUCAAAAUGAUAUUAUUAAAACAAUUGGCUUUGUUGAUGUUGUUUUUGAAGGAUUUAAAAUGAUUUUAAGUCUUCAACAAAUAACAAAUGAAAGUGUUAUCAGUUCAACUCAAGCUGAAUUCAUUAUUAAAACUAUUGAAAAAAGUUGGAGUAAAGAAGUAAAGAAAUAUAUUAUUACAAUGAAACUUAUUGGACUUAAAAUAGUUCAAAAUACUUCUGGAGAAACUGAGAAAGUUAAAGAGAUUGGAAAAAAAAUUCAAGAAGAAUUUGAUAUAAAUGAGUUACAAGAGAGUGGAUUAAGUGCAUCAUUAAUUAAAUCAAUAAUUGAAUGA